UGCCUCUGGCCGCACUGAGGGGAUGGGGGCGGCACCUGCGGGGAGGCGGCAGGCCCCGAAUAAGAGCACCUGGGGCCUCCCUAGCGGGACCGCUGGGCAGACCUCCUGUAGCUGGUACUGGGGUUGAAAAAUGAAACAGGAGUUUUAAACUUUGAGGACUCAUAAUGGAAGUCUCAGAAGGACAUAACUUCAUCUCACUGGAAGAGGAAACCAGAUACUGGAAAGAGUUGGCUAUGAAAUACAAGCAGUGUGCUGAGAAUACACAGGAGGAAUUGCGUGAAUUCCAAGAAGGGAGUCGAGAGUAUGAAGCUGAACUGGAGACCCAGCUGCAGCAAACAGAGUCCAGAAAUAGAGACCUUCUGUCAGAAAACAAUCGUCUGCGAAUGGAACUGGAGUCAGUUAAGGAAAAGAUUGAAAUUCAGCAUUCAGAAGGAUACAGGCAAAUCUCUGCACUGCAAGAUGACUUGGCACAGACAAAAGCUAUUAAAGAUCAACUUCAGAAAUAUAUUCGAGAACUUGAGCAAGCAAAUGAUGACUUGGAAAGAGCAAAAAGAGCCACUAUAAUGUCUCUAGAGGAUUUUGAACAGCGUUUAAACCAGGCUAUUGAAAGAAAUGCUUUUCUGGAGAGUGAGCUGGAUGAGAAGGAAAACCUCCUGGAGUCCGUGCAGCGCCUGAAAGAUGAAGCUAGAGAUCUACGUCAAGAGCUUGCAGUGCAGCAGAAACAGGAGAAACCCAAAACACCGAUGCAAACUACCCUGGAAACAGAAAGAACAGACACUGCAGUUCAAGCGUCCUUAUCUGUGCCUUCAACUCCUUCAGUGCACCGGGCACCCAGCAUCAACAUACCCACCCCUAUGACAUUUAGGAGAGGUCUCGAGGACAGUUUUGGUGCAACCCCUCUCACACCUGCUGCAAGAAUAUCUGCACUUAACAUCGUGGGGGACUUGCUACGAAAAGUGGGGGCUUUGGAGUCCAAACUUGCGUCUUGCCGAAACUUUGUGUAUGACCAGUCUCCAAGCAGAACCACAGUGUCCAUGUGCAUGAACAGAGAUGUCCUUGAAACACGCUUGAGUCCUCAUCAGCCUCUGUGUGAUACAGGGUUAGUGAAACGCCUGGAGUUUGGAACACGGCCUCCGAAUAUGCCAGGAACAAUGAGCCAUCCUUCACCAAGUGUUGUCAAGAUGCUGCUGUGAAAAGGCUGUCUGACUGUGGAAAAGGAUUAAAAAUAAUACAUUUAAAAGAGAAUAUCAGUGAGCAAUUGUGCAGCAGUUUUGGUGUAGAGGAGAACUGAACAAGAAGCUGCAACUGUCAGUGGUCUCCUGUGGCCUUGCCCAGUCUGACCUCUUGGCUGAGCUCUGUGGCUGGUGUGAUAAAGCAAUGAUACCUAGCAGUGCAGGACUUAGAAUUGCUUCCUACAUAAGUCACUGUAAAUAGUUCCAUGAAAGUUUCUUCUUUUGACACUACCAGUCAAAGCCAUUGUCGCUCUACCUAAAACAGAGACAGUAUUCCCUGUGCAGCUCUUCAGACUUUGAAUUUUGAUGUUAGUACAGCACCAUGGGGUUCUGGUUUUAAUUCUGGUUGUGCUGGCUUUCUAUCAUGCUUGUUGUGUGCUGCAGUCACCCUAAUUAGAAGAAUGUGUUUCUGUGGAGGAAGGUAUAUUUCUGUGGGGAAGCUGCUCAGCUUUUUGUGGGGAUGUUUGCUGGUCAGAAUGUUGUUACACAAAAACCUACCUCUGUAGUGGUUAAUACGGUUUUGUAAGCAAUGAUUCACCAUUAAGAACAGACCAUGGUUAAAGGUGAGGGAUGCCUAGUGCUUAGUAGUACUUGGGAGAUACCAGAACUAACAGCAAGGUAGGAGACUUUGAACUGGCUUAGCAUAUAGGCACCUUUUUUUCUUUGCUAUAUUGUGGCCCAUAAAGCCUGGCUGUGUAGGAAGCAAGAGACCUGAUUAUGUUGCUAGAUCUAACAUUUUAAUAGGUGGGUUUUACUGCUUUCUAAAGCUCUCUUUAUUAAUGUGCCUUGGGUAUUAGUGAUUUUUUUUCUUGUUUUAUUUUGUCUAUGAGAAUAUAUGCUUUCAGCUGUUAGAAUUGUUGUUUGUUUUUUUUUAACCUGAGAAGUCCUUCAUGUUAGACAAAUGUAUAUGAGUAGAAAACUAUUUUAAAGUAAUUUUUUCCCCCUAUAGAAUAUUGUUAAACUUCCAUUUGUUUUUUAAAUGGAGUAGGUUUGCUCACAGUAUUAAUGUACCUUAGGGAAGCCUGUACUUGCAAAGCUAAUCAUGAUUAAACAGUUUUUAUAGUUUUUUUUGCUGGGGGGUGUGGGUGGGAAGAGCUUAUUUGACAAAAGAAUACAUAAAUGGGUUGGGUUU